AUGGCUGGUGAACCUCAGCCAGCGAAGAAGCGUCGCCUGCCAUUCAAGCCACCAAGUCGCACCCCAUCCACAAGUGCGGGGCCAUCAUCCUCCGCAUCCAAACCAGCCCCCAAAGCCAAAGGCAAAGCCAAACAGAACAUACCCAAGGCUACCUCUUCAGCAUCAGCGUCCAAAUCUACAUUCUCAUCCAAACGACCACGCGCCCAAUCACCUAUCGCUGAAGCUUCAGCCUCUGACAGGGUAUCCGAGCCUGACUCCGAUGCAUCAGGCCGCAGUCGCGAACGAUCGCUCUCCCAAGAACCGGAUUAUAUGCUUGCGGAAAUCAUCACAAAUAAUUCGACUGAUGACGUGGCUUCGAGCGAUCCCAAGAUCCCACCGAAGUUGCUUACUCGGCUACUGCAUCACCACUUCCAGAACGAAAAGACUAAGAUCGCGAAGGAUGCCAAUGAGGUCGUGGCCAAGUACGUUGAUGUCUUCGUGAGAGAGGCUAUUGCUCGUGCUGCGUACGAACGUGCAGAAACGGACGGUGCUGGGGGUGCGAGGAGUAUCGGCGACGGGUUUCUUGAGGUUGAGGACCUGGAGAAAAUGGCCCCGCAGCUUACGAUGGAUUUUUGA